GCCUCUGGCAUCCCGUUCCCGCAGAGGCUAAUUCUCAACACGAGCUGCUGACCUUGAACUAAUCACAGACCUCUACCUCUUACGAUUGCUCCUACAGUCAAAUCAACCCGAAGCUGGGCACUCAUAUCCCGAUAGAGCCACUCCUCCUCAUACCACAGACGCGGUAGAACUCCACUCUGCCAUAUUUCGACCAUCCCCCACCUGGCCAAGCUCCGGAAAGGAUGAAACCCAGAAAGCAGAAACGCGAUCUCUUCUUACGCACGAGCAGGCUUUCGGAACCACCCGAGGUCCCCAAGGAUAAAAAGAACCAUGCCUGUCUGGAGAUCAGGAACUAUCUCUUUCCCCAAGAUACAGAAGACUCCGAGCCGUGGCUCAAUCGUCCAGAGCUUCCUUCUUCGGAGGAAAUUAUGGGCACUGCUGAUGAUGCCGACGAGGACUUUGUUGACCUGGCCCCUAACAACAUCUUCGGUCCGUGGGAGUCAAAGAGUGCAUAUCUCAAAGCACACUACGAACUUCUGAGAGAAGAUGCAGUCGCCCCGCUGAGAGAUGCUGUGGCCUAUGUCCGAGACGACCCCAAGAUGAUGGAUAAUAAGGUAGCUUCGAUCUAUGAAAAGGUUCAUAUUGUCGGUGUCACUUGCGCCUCGAGAGGACUAGGCUUUCGCAUACAGUUUUCAACACAUCGAGCCGGGAAGAACAUUGCUUGGGAGUACUCUAAGCGUCUGAUCACCGGAUCCCUCGUUGCAUUAUCCCCGGCCGACGAUUCCUUUCGCACCAAAUGUGUUGUCGCUGUUGUUGCGAGCAGGCCCCUGGAAAGCGUUAAAAAGCGGCCUCCAGAGAUUGAUAUAUUCUUUGCGAAGCCAGAGGAUAUCGAAUUCGACCCUCAGCAAGAGUGGCUCAUGGUAGAAGCGAAGGACGGCUACUAUGAGUCCGUCAGACACACAAUGAUGGCCCUACAGAAACUGUCCCGAGAGGAGUUUCCCCUGUCCAAGCACAUAUGCCGGCUGGAUCCGAAUAUUGAGCCCCCAGAAUAUGUAAAGGAAGAUCCCCGCGUUGAUCUCCAGGCUGUAAUUGAUGGGUGCGACGAAGUGAGCCAAGUCGAUCUGCUUGCAGGAUGGCCAGCGCUGCCAUUCGGAGAUCGUGACGCAACACAGUGGGAAGCCCUUCAUAACAUGCUGUCCAAAAGACUGUCCAUUAUUCAAGGGCCCCCGGGUACCGGCAAGACAUACGUGUCCGUUCUUGCGUUGAAGAUAUUGCUCUCUAACAUGAAGCCUAAUGAACCGCCCAUUAUAAUUGCCUCUCAGACAAAUCAUGCGUUGGAUCAGCUGCUCAGACUGGUUUCGCUCUUCGAAGAGAAGUAUGUCCGCUUGGGCGCGCGCAGCAGUGAGCCCGGGAUCAAGUUACGAACGUUGUAUACCAUCAGAAAAAACGAUUCGAGUGUAGUUAGUGGCGGUGUUAUGACGGCUGCGAGCCUUGAUUACAGAAGGCUUACCAAAGAAAUAGCUGACCUGUUAGAACCCUUCAGUUCCGAGCAUGCCGGUGUGCCGUUACCGUCUGAACUUUUCGUUGAGUACGGCUUGCUGACUGAGGCUCAGCUUGACUCACUCAAGCAGGGAGCAGAGGACUGGAUCAGCUCAGAUCAAGAAGGGGCCGUAGACCCUUUGGCUACUUGGCUUGGGGAAGAGAUAGUGCCUUUUGAGGUGCAUUAUGCAGAGGACAACUUUGGUUUCGAAGAAGAUGAGAUAGAUCUGGAGUAUGAACAACUGAAGGAGCUUGAGGCGGAGCAAGGGCUUGAAGACGAUGGUUUCGAAUAUCUCAGAGGUCGCUUUCUUUACCUGCGUGAGGGCAGCUGUAGCCGAAACCAAUCUUUCUCCCAUGUCUUACCCUCGAAUCAUAUAAAGUUUCCGGACUUGUGGAAGGUGAAAGCUGAGUUUCGAGGAAGCAUGUACGACUCCCUGCGGCAGCUUCUCAAGGCGAAAAUCACGAAACAGCUCCGUGCACUUGCUUCUAAGUAUCAGAAGAACAGCAAGUGGGCACAGGCCGGCGGAUGGGAGUUAGAUCACAUGAUUCUUCGCAGUGCAAAGGUCAUCGGCAUGACUGCGACAGGCUUGAGCAAGUACCGAGGACUCGUUUCGAGCCUGAAACCCAAAGUUGUUUUGAUCGAAGAAGCUGCCGAGGCCAUUGAAGCGCCAAUAGCGGCUGCAUGUUUCAAUUCUCUUCAGCAUCUCAUUCUCGUCGGUGAUCAUCAACAGCUUCGAGGGCAUUGUACUGUGCAAGACCUGGAAGGAGAUCCCUUCUACCUCGACGUUUCGAUGUUUGAGCGGCUGGUGAACAACAAAAUGGGCUAUGUUACCCUGAGAAGGCAGAGAAGAAUGCCCCCUGAGAUUCGCCAGCUGCUGACGCCCAUUUACGGCACCCUCGAGGACCAUAGAUCUGUGCUUCUACGCCCCAAGGUAGUUGGUAUGGGGGACCGCCGGUCAUUCUUCUUCUCACACGAUUGGCCGGAAAGCCGCGACAAUCUUGCAUCAAAAUACAAUGAGACUGAAGCACAGAUGAUCGUGGGGUUCUUCAUCUACCUUUUACAAAACGGCGUGCCUGUCCACGACAUCACAGUCUUGACAUUUUACAAUGGACAAAGAAAGCACUUGCUUAACCUGAUGAAGAGACACCCCUUUCUCCAGGGUCUCUAUCUGAAGGUUGUCACGGUCGAUUCAUACCAAGGUGAGGAGAACGAGAUUGUAAUCCUGUCGAUGGUUCGAAGUGGUGGUGAUAAUAUUGGAUUUCUGUCCAUCGAGAACCGUGUCUGCGUUGCAUUGUCGCGUGCUAAAUGCAGCUUCUAUAUCUUCGGUAACGCGAGGUCUGCAAGCACGAGCGAACUGUGGGCACAAGUUCUGUCCAUCAUGAAGGGCCAGCGGAUGGGCUCGUUGUUACCAUUGACCUUAGGUUAUUGCCUCGUUCUAUUAUCAGUGAAUCCUUCCGAAUGGGAAUACAUCAACGGGGGAUGCCUGAGGAAGUGUGGAGAGAAGCUCGACUGUGGCCAUUUGUGCAGCCUAAAAUGCCAUAGCUUCCCACACUCUCGGGUCGCAUGUGACAAGAUCUGCAGCAAGAGGUGGGAAUGUGGACAUAUGUGUCGGACCCCUUGCGCAACCCAGCACGCUCGCGCCAGUGAGAUGUCGACAUCUUCGCCGGAUGUAUGGGUGGGAAUUGGGGAUCUUUUGUUGGAUGAUGGGGAGUUCACAGGGACCUGCGGCAAGGAGCAGGCGGGCAAGGAAAAGAAGCACACGACACGGCGGAUGUCGGUGUCACUCUUGGACCCCUACGACGAUUGA